AGGUGCAGUUUUUCUGAUAUGGAAAAGGAGUAAGCGACUUCCCCUCCCAGAACCUGCGCUUUUUUGCAAUUUUCAAAAAGAAUAAAAACUAAGUAGUUGCUACUUCAAGUCCUCAGGCCGUUCCAAGUGUCCACAAUACAAAGUGUCAGCGCAUAAAAAGAAGUCAAUAAAGGAAUCAGAGUCGUAUUCGAACUCCUCAGUAAGCUUUUUUGUGUUUCUUUCUUUCUUUCUCCAACAUGAUAGAUCUCAUAAGAAUCGCCUUCCCACAUUUACAGCGUAUUUUUUGAACGACAAGCACCUACCGGCACGAUCAAAGUGAACAGUAUCACAUACAAAAUACAACCACGCUCCCAGAGUAGUCGCGUCGCCUCUCAGCAUUUAUUAUUGCAAAAAUAUCAGACCACUCCAGGAAUCAGCCUUGUGGCUUUUAAAUAGAGGAGACUUUGAGAAAAUUUUGGUCGCGGGCUAGCGUAGCGUCUAAGUAAAAAUCCAAUGGGUAGUAGAAACUCCCCAGCAUCUAAGUAAAAGUCCAGUGUGGUGCAUAGAGUAACUGUUGUUCAUCUUCGUUAUCAUUUUUGUUUACAGCUAUAGCUAUACCUAAACUAGAUAGUUAUAGUUUAGGAGAAAGUAGGCUAAUAUAAUAGUAGCUUUGUUGAUUGUCUUUUUCGUCCAUAGCUAGAAGGCAUUUCGUUCCCAGUGUUACAGCUUUCAAAAGGUUAUCACCUCUCGUUCGAAGUCGAAUAAAGACAAGAUGGUGGCCUAUAACCAAGACGGGCGUGCUGAGGUUACGACCAGACGGUGGCACAACAACGAGGAGGCUGAGCCGUGGGUGACGCCACAUGUCACGGCCAACAUCCCGCGGCAUGCGCACCGCAGCCCGCCAUCUGUUCAGACCAAACCGAGUCUCCCGCCUACGCUUCCGCCUCUCCUGCCAGAACGGUCGCCGCCUCGUCUAUCAGGACUUUCGCCGUCAGCUACGCGCGGUGAUUUCCAGCCCCGCCUUGGUGCAGAACAGCUGCAGCCGUAUGGCCCGCCCCCAUCUGUGACGCCGCUGCAGCUGCAGCAGCUCGCCUCGAUUCCUUUUGAAGGAUGGGCGCCGACGCCUCACUUGCAGUCUGGUCUAGUACAGCAGCCGUUUUUUCCGUACCUCCAAGCCCCAGCAGCUUCGAUACUUCUGCUGCAGCAGCUCCCCUUCGUUCCUUUCGAGGGGUUAGCGCCGCCUGAGCAAAUGUUUGCGUUUUUGCAGCACAGUUGUCACAGCGCGGACGCUCUGCACUUUCCGGAGCGACUGAUAUCUUGCUUUACUUCGCUGCAGCUUGGUUUGAUGCCACUCUGUUUGCCGUCGAUGUCUGAUGUGUUCAUGGCGGCGCCGCAGAGCAACCAUUGCUACGGCUCGACCCUGCUCGAGAAUCGACCAGAUCAGCAGAGCAGCGCCGGAAGCGGAAGGUAUUGACAAAAUUCAUUCUGAUAGAAUUUGGCACACACUUCUUCAAACAGUCCCUUCUAGUGUUCGUACUCCACCAGCGCUAACUAUAAUCAAACUCAUUGUAGAUAUAACUUUGCUCUUUGUAGAAGCAGCAGCCCGUGUAGUUGAAGUUUCACUAGUAGAACUAGAAGUGGCUAUAGGACGAGUAGAAACAAGUGUCACGAUUGUCGUACUUAUUCUGUUGACCUCAUCUACUUACCUCAGGGAUUCAUUGCAGCUGCCACCCAAUACAACUAUGAUGCUGGGCAGCGUCGAUGGGAGUGGGCCUGGCGCCAGCAGUCUCAGCCGGGGAGCCAUCAUCGAUCAUCACUCCAGUGCUACAAUUAGAAUUACGCAUCAAGCAGCUGCUCACUCUCAAGCGCAUCGAGGGCCGGCGCCUCCUGGUGCAGAUGAUGCUGGAAAACGCCGAGAAGGUGCAAACGAGAUAGCAGAUGGUGAGCAUCUGAUAGACACGACUGUCGCCACAUUUGCGCCGCGUGAGCGACUCGCAAACUUCUGGCCACAGAUGUUGGCGGAGACUGGCACAGGCGAUUCUAAUGAGACAAGAACGGGAGGCACAACGUACCGCCCAAGACGGUCGCGCCUGUUUUCGAACUCAAGCAUCAAAAGCCAUGCUUCUAUUUUGGAACUGCAUGGCGGACCUUCAUCAUGUCAGGCGACCACGCUGAAAAUCUACGGAGAUAAAGAGUCUACCAGAGGUUCUUCAAACUGCGACAAGGAGACGAAGAUGAGCAGCCAGGAUUUUCGCAGCAUCAACGCGUUUGCGAUUCUUGCUCUGGGCGACGACUCUGAGAUAGAGAAGGACUCCACGACCACGAAAUCCGCCGAAAAGCUAGUAGUUGAUCACACGGGUAGCAGCAGUGUGGCUGGCCGUUCGCAGUGCUGUUCCUCCUCCGAGAGGAAUAGUCGAAAUGCGAUGCGCCAGGAGUCUGCAGAAGCGAAGUCAUGCCGGAGAGCGAAAAAACGCCACGCAAGAGGCUACCUGAUGAAGAGGCCGCAGAAGAGGAAGGCGAAGCGGCAGGCUAGCCAUAAAGAAGAGACGACCAGGCAAACAAAAAAGAAUGACGAGGCGGGCACCAAGGAGCAAGAGCAGGAGAACGACCUUACCACGAGAAGCAGGCAGGGGGCCUGUCCUCCAUGCUGGGCGUUUUGCGUGGCGUCCUUUUCGGGUCUUGUUCCGUACAGCUACGGCAGCCCCCUCUCGUCCACCUCGGUCCAUUUUGCGCGGAUGCUGGACCGAAACAGCAGCAGCGCUGUGGCCUUACCAAGUACCAGCGCCCAACAAAAAACGUGGUCGAGCAAAAUGAAGAAACCAGUCCACCAAGCCACGGCCAAGUCGAGCUGCAAUACGAUGACGAAAUCGGCCCCAAAUCUUCAGUGCAGCGCCAAUCGCUCUCCCCCAACAGAGGGGCACGCAAGUAGCUGCUCCUUGCACGACGUGGAGCUGGUCACCAACAUGGGCAACUACAGGGUGACCAAAUUGUCAGGCGCUUUGUCGCAAUCGGGUGCGCUACUGUUGCACGUUCGUACUACAGUCUUUGCUAACGUCUUGCGGCGCAUUAUUGCUACUCUUGCUGAAUUUUCGCGCCAACAUCUUCUGCCCGUCUGGACUAGUGUGUUGGCACUUUCGAACACGGCUGCUGCUGUCAUUGGCGCGCUCGCAUUUCGUGGACUUGCAAAGAGUGCUUCCGCUGGUUCUUUCGUCCUUCGUGGCUCUACGGUGGUCGACGUCAGCUCCAGAUGGACGAAUCAGCCACAGGCCAGAUUCACGGCCUGGCGCAAGCAGUGCGAAAGCAGUGUGCUGGCGAUGGGUUCCGCUGGUCUGUCACGUUUUGCAUUGUUGUUGCUGCUGGGCCUUCUCGUAUCUUGCGGAAUGGCGGCGAGAGGGGGCGCCCAUGUCGGCGACCAAGACCAGUGGUGGCAGGCUCAGAAGCAAUUUGAGGACCUUACGAAAAGUUCCACCACAUUGCCGGCCACCUGCAAUAGGGUAAGAGGCUACGGCGAAUGGCACUCUGCAUGGCUACGUUUUACUUUUCCGGGCGACCCCAUUUUGGGUUCGCAGAACUGGGCUUUUAGCUUGGUCCCAGCGGACUUCACCAAAACCAAGGCAGACCCGCUAGCGUUGUCGGCUCUUCGGCAGGCCGUCGGUGACGAGGAGGGGACGACUACACCGUCGGACGAAGCAGGGCAAAAACCUUCGCGCGAGAGCGAGUACUCUGCUAAAGAUUGCCCAUUCUGAUGCUGGCCACCUCUGUCUCCUAGCGUGUCCAUUGAUAGAGCCACAGCAAAGGAGGCAGCACGGCUCUGCAAGUUCAAAUGACUACCACGGCGCGAAAAUUGGGCGCGUUUUUCAU